AUGUUAUUACGUUCUGUUGAUGUUCUUGACAUUUAUGUCGAACCAUUUAUACAUUCGGGUUUUCGUUUACCAAAUCAACCCUAUUCAUAUUAUUAUCGUUCACUUUUUUCAUUACAUAAUGAAACAUUAUCUGUAUGGAUUCAUUUACUUGGUGCAUUUGUUCUUAUUGGACAAAUCUUUCAACAUAUUUCUCAAUUAUCAAUUCAUUCCUAUCCAACAAUACUUUGUAUCUAUAUUAUUUAUAAUUGUAUUGGUGCAUGUAUUAUGCUUUUAUGUUCAGCUCAAGCACAUUUAUUACAUUCAAGAACAUUAGCUGAUCAUUUACGGUCAUUUUAUCUUGAUUAUUUUGGAAUUAAUUUUUAUGGUUUUACAUCUGGAAUUAUUCUUUAUAAAUUUUCACAUACAACAGAAUAUAAUAAUACAAAUGAAACGCUAUAUUAUAUUAUUUUAAGUCUUCUAUCAUUAUAUUCAUUAUCAAUAGCAUGUUUUUGUAAAACAUUUUAUUGUCGACCAUAUCCAUUUUCACAUAAAAUUUUACAAUGUUCGGGUGUUUUAGUUGUAUAUCUUUUUCAAAUAUGGCCAGUUUUACAAAAUCUUAUUUUAUCAAAUAGUAAACAGGAAAUAACCGAACAUGAACAAAAAGCUCUUGUUUGGCAUUUAUUACAAUUUAUUUCAUUUAUUUUAAGUGGUCUUAUUUUUGUUGGAAGAAUUCCUGAACGUUUUUGUCCUGGUGUAUUUGAUCUAUGUGGUCAAUCGCAUCAUGCCUUUCAUUUAACUAUUUUUCUUAUGGCUUAUUGUCAAGCAAAUGCUGUAUUUGAAGAUAUGUUGUCUUUGCCAUCAAAUAGUAUUCAAUAUAAUUUUAGUAAAGAUUUGUUUUUUACUCUUGGAGUUCUUAGUUUACAAUUAAUUACAGUUGCUUUAUGGUUUCGAAUAAGUCGACCUGCAAUUGAACGACGUUAUAAAAUACAUUUAAAAGAAUAA